AUGUGGAAGCUGGAUCUCCUCACUCGCUUGCCGGACGGCAAGGUCGGGCCCGAAUUGUCCGCCCUGUGCCCGGCAGGAGCCCGAGUCCUCAUCGGCCGGCGGCUCUCCUGGACGCAUCCGCCGUCAGGAGCGGCCAGCGAUGAGCCGCCAUCAGGAGCGUGGCGCCUGGACGACGACGCGCUGGCGACCGAGCAGAUCGUGCUGCGCCUGCCGAGUGCUCGUGCGAGCGGCGGCGUGGUGCCGGUUGCGGCGCUCCUGCCCGGACGAAAGCAUUCCUACCUGCAAGUGAUCGGUCGUGACAUCGUCUCUCCGAUGCAGCCCGGCGAGCUGUACCCGCUCGGCGAUGGCGACAUCGUGUGGCUCGUCGGCGACCCGUCGGGCCACCAUCGCCACCCGAUUCGGAUGCGGCGCGCCCCGCCGGACGAUUCACCUCGUUGCUAUCCCGCCGCAGCCACGCUGCCGGCCGAGCCGUCAGCGUCGGCGGCGGUCUGGCUCGGGGGCAAGUAUUGCUCGUACGAUGAGGGCGUCAACGCGAAGCUUGAGGAGGCGCUGGUCGCGCGUGGCAAGUCGUCGGUGCGGGUGCGCGUCGGCGGGAGGGCAUAUCUUGUCCGCCGCGCUGAGGCAGGAGGCGACGCGGAGUUUGAGCAGGUCCCGGUGGGCCAGCCGAGCAGGGCGCGCAGCGUGCGGCGCAACGAGGGUUUGCUCGAGGCGCGCGGCUCGCUCCACGAGUUCGAGUUUUCGGGCGCGCCAGACCUGACGCCGUCGCGCGAGGACCCGUUCCUGCAGCAGGUCGUGAACGGGGCCAGCCACGCCGCCGCCUGCUUCGGGCCAGGGCGGCCCCUCCACCUGGUUGGCCACUCCGCCGAGGCUUUCACAAUCGACGGAGCGGACGGCAGCUUCAAGUUCGCCAAGGGGUCGGAGGCGGCCGGCGUCGGCGCCGAGUUCAACGGCCGGCUGGGCACGGUCAAGCGGAGGGGCGGCAAGGGGGGCGGCCGUUGGGCGGUGGUGGUGGACGGGUGGGCUGAGAAGCCGGUGCUGCUGCUCGACGCCAAUCUCACGCCGCUGCCCGCUGGAGCGGAGGCGCGAGUGGCGGAGCUGCGCCGGCGCGGCGAGAGGGUGCACCGCAGCCUCUUUGCGGGCAUGGAGAACGUGGAGGGUGAGCUCCUAUUCCUCCAGCGCCAGACCGCAGACGAGGUGCUCUCCGCUCUCGAUUACAGUCUUCCUACCACCAUGCCUUUCGCAUAG